UAGGAAUUAGUUGCAAUGGUCAAAAAUUGGUAAUCAUUUAUGCAUCAAAAUAUCCAAGACUUUAAAUUCUAAGUCGAACUCUUAAAAUAAUUCAUAAUGGGAUUAUAAUUAUAUGAAAAUCUUAAGCAUGGAUAUUUUUAAUAAGAAUAUAAAAAAGCCAUAUGAAGUUCUCAAUUUCACAGCACAAAAUAUUAGAAUUGUUCUUAUAAGAAAUAGUUGAUGUAUAGCGUAGGGAUCUAUAGUAUUAUCAAGAUUUUAGUCAAAAGAGAUUAAAUUAAACAAGAAACAUGAAGUAAUUUUCUAUUAAGACAAGAAUUUGUGUAAAAUAUAAGGGAAGUCUUUAAUUUGAUUAAAUUUUAGACAUUAGGCUCGAUGGCAAAUUUUAAUUUCGACUCACUAUACCCAAAGCAUUAAUGUUUAAAGAGACAAUUGAGAGAGGAUUCAAUAAUCUACUUAAUAUAUAUUAGUAAUUAAUAUGCGGGAGAUGAA